UGUAAUGGCUGGAGGUCUGUUUGCCGUGAAUCGGAAGUGGUUUUGGGAGCUGGGAGGCUAUGAUCCAGGAUUAGAAAUAUGGGGAGGAGAGCAGUAUGAAAUCUCGUUUAAGGUGUGGAUGUGUGGAGGUGGCAUGUUUGAUGUUCCGUGCUCUCGCGUUGGGCAUAUCUACAGGAAGUACGUCCCCUACAAAGUCCCUUCUGGAACCAGCCUGGCACGGAACCUGAAGCGCGUGGCAGAGACGUGGAUGGAUGAGUUUGCAGAGUACAUUUACCAGCGACGGCCUGAGUACAGACAUCUCUCAACUGGUGAUAUCUCUGCCCAGAAGGAACUUCGCAAGCACCUUAAAUGUAAAGAUUUCAAGUGGUUCAUGGCUGCAGUGGCUUGGGAUGUCCCCAAAUAUUACCCUCCUGUGGAACCUCCACCCGCUGCCUGGGGAGAGAUUCGAAACGUGGCAGCCAACCUUUGUGUGGACAGUAAACACGGAGCCACGGGGACCGAGCUGAGGCUCGACAUCUGUGUGAAGGACGGCUCGGAACGGACGUGGUCACACGAACAGGUAUGUUAAUGGCAGAAAGAGAAAAG